AGUUGACAGAAUCUGUCAACCAGUUUGACGAAUAUGAAAAUUAGAUUGAUAUUCAUUUUCAAGAUAUAAAAUUUAUUGAAACUUGAUCAAAAUUGAUAACUUAACAAAUUUUAGCAACUUUCAAUCCAAUUUUAGUCUAUUAUUUUUUAUUUGCUAAUAAACGAACAACGCACGCGCAGAACACCCAUCGCCCAAAAAUCUCCGAGCGCCAUAUUGAGAGGCAGACGUUGUAUGACUUGAGUGAUUAAUCGUGGUUAGUGCAAUAAUUUGAAGUGGAAUACUCGAUCUUGCCCUAUGGAUAUACUCUCGGGAGUGGUGUGCCUCGGUUGAAAGGCCUGCCGGAAGGACAAGGCUCCACACAAGAGGAAGAAGGACUGCGGCACUCCGCUCUUGGGCAUCAUGGAGUGCUGCAUGUCGGAGGAGGCGAAGGAGCAAAAACGAAUAAAUCAAGAAAUCGAGAGGCAGUUGCGAAAGGACAAACGAGAUGCUCGUCGCGAACUCAAAUUGCUGCUGCUUGGUACUGGCGAGUCAGGCAAGUCGACGUUCAUCAAGCAGAUGAGAAUUAUCCAUGGCUCCGGCUACAGCGACGAUGAUAAAAGGGGAUUUAUCAAGCUCGUCUACCAAAAUAUAUUCAUGGCAAUGCAGAGUAUGAUACGCGCUAUGGAACUACUAUCUAUACAAUAUGGAAAUCCGUCCAACUCAGAAAAGGCGGAGCUGAUAUCAUCGAUCGACUUUGAGAGUGUGACAACAUUUGAGAGUCCCUACGUUGAAGCCAUCAAGGCGUUGUGGGCCGACGCCGGCAUACAGGAGUGCUACGAUCGCAGGCGAGAAUACCAGCUUACCGACUCCGCCAAAUACUACUUGCAGGAGAUUGACCGCGUGGCGGCACCAAAUUACUUACCAACCGAACAGGACAUACUGCGUGUAAGAGUCCCAACAACGGGCAUUAUAGAAUACCCAUUUGACCUGGAAGAAAUACGAUUUAGCAUGUUUGGCGUGUCGAAGAUGCAAGUUUUUAUUAGAAUGGUCGACGUCGGCGGACAAAGAUCCGAGCGAAGGAAGUGGAUUCACUGUUUCGAAAAUGUGACCUCAAUCAUAUUCUUAGUAGCUCUUAGUGAAUAUGAUCAAAUUUUGUUCGAAUCGGAAAACGAGAAUCGAAUGGAGGAGUCGAAGGCAUUGUUCAAGACGAUUAUCACGUAUCCAUGGUUCCAGCAUUCGUCUGUAAUUCUGUUCCUCAACAAGAAGGAUUUGCUCGAAGAGAAGAUCAUGUACUCUCAUCUCGUCGACUACUUCCCUGAAUACGACGGUCCGCAGCGCGACGCCAACACAGCGCGCGAGUUCAUACUGCGAAUGUUCGUCGACCUCAACCCCGACGCCGAGAAGAUCAUCUACUCCCAUUUCACUUGCGCGACAGACACUGAAAACAUCCGGUUCGUGUUCGCCGCAGUCAAAGAUACAAUCCUACAAUCCAACCUUAAGGAGUACAACCUCGUCUAAGCGAAACCAACAAGUCCCUGACACAAAUCUGUGAUUGUGUAAAACACAUAAUUUAAACAUCAUCACUUCACGUCAGAAUGUGUAUGUAAAUUCGCGAACUGAGAUCGGAUGGACGAACUAAUUUCAACUUAAAAUGUUUAAUGAGAAAAUAAGGAUAGAUUGUAAGUCAUUUAACCCGAAAACUAGAGUUGGGAGUGCGGCGAUGCGCUCUCGCCGGCCGCUCUCCCUCCGACAACAUUCGUUCUCGAUCCGUACGGAUCGUUUCACGACGCGUCAGGUUUUUUGACAUGUUUUUUUAUGAUGAAGUUAUUCACAAUUUAUGUAUGUGUCUGUAUUGGUGAAUAUUAAAUUGUGCAUUUUAAAAGUUAUGGUGAGUCUUGGCCUUACCAUGAGCUGCUUUUAGUCAUUGUUUUAGGGGUUUUUUUUUGUAAAGUUUGUUGCCAUAAUAUCUUUCUACAUUAGUAUACAUUUUAUUAUGUCCAGACGGAUGGAUUUGAACAAACUAGUCCAAUGAAACGCGUGUUUAGUAUCAUCCUCGUGGGUCGAGACAGGACUUCCUACUAAGGUAUUGAUCGGGAUGCUUCUGUUACUAUUACGUAUUUAUUUUAGUUGUGGUAAGUUGUGAGGAAGCCGCGCUCGACCCAGAGCAGCGCGUGUCGUUGCCGGCACUCUCUCUACCUACCGAUUAAAUUCACUAGACGUAAUUAUAAAUCGGUACCCUAUUUUCUGUUAAAUUGAAAGAUUAUAACUUUAUUACUGUAUUUAAUAUUUCGUUACUUUUGUACAUUGGAAUUUUUGUUACUUGAAUAUAUGUUAAUAUUUAAGCUGUUUAUAUUUAAAUAUGGUGUUUUUCUACACGAAUUGACUUGACGCAAAAUGUUUUAUGUUAACUGUAGGCUUUGUGUACGCUGUGGUCUGGUGUAUUUGGUUUCUUCCUAACGUUAUCCGUGUACAAUGGUUCAUUAAUAAACAGUAUAAAAUAUAGGAAGUUACUAUGUUAGUUGUUUAAGGAAUUUUUGAUGCAUUUGAUAUAAACUUUUUUUACUAGAGAAACCCUCGGAUAAACAAAGCGAAACGUGGAUUGUAAAAACCGAAACCGAAGUUUUUUGCACGAACGCUUUUACCAGUAUGUAAUAUAUUGUACAUUUGGUCUAAAUGAGCUGAGUGAAUUGAGCUGACAGUUCAGUGCCAAGUUUUGCUAUUGGCAUACUUUUUUAUCGUAACGUGAAGCACAAAAUAUAUAACUACAUUUUAUAAUUGUUUUCCAUAUUUUAGAAUAUUUUAUUGUACCAUGCUUAAUUAAGAGUGUUGCUUCGUGUUAUUAUUUAGUUUUAUUAAUGUAUAAGAAACCAAGUUUCGUUUUGAAGAUAUAUAAUUAUUUGUAUUAUUUGUUGUUGUGUCUUACUUUGUCUUCUCUUCAAGUUUCUAUAUGGACCGCUAAGCACAAGUGACACUGUCAAUAGCAAAACUCCAUGAUUUAAUUAAGAUACAGCUGUCUGAUGCUCAAAGUAAUGUGACGUUGAAACUUAGCGCACAAUAUUGGAAAUUUCUAUUUGAUGUUACCCACUGAAGUGCAAUCUGUGUAUGCCGUGUACAUAGAAACUAUAUUUCUUUUGUGCAUUUGUACAGCAAUAUUGUGAAUUAGUUCGGGACCGACGCGGUUUUGUUCAUACUGUCGACGACACGGCACCUCAGUGUAAACAAAUUGCUAUGUACUGUACACGAAUACUUCCCAAUUGUACCGAGUCGCUACUAACUCGCAGCUACCGAUGCUCGUCUUCUCUCCGCGUACCUAUGUACAUAACUACAUUUUGAUAUGUUCGAAUGUAACACUAACUAUAAUAGAUACGGCCGUAUGCUAUUACUGGUUCACAUUGACAUUCAAUGCAUGAGCUUGAAUUUAUAUUUAUUUGCAGUAGUGUCAAAACAAAACAAAGCACAAUGAAAUGAUACAUUGGUGAUUAGUUACAUACAAGACGAGCGUCGCACGGUCCGACUGGUGUCGUCCGAGUUAAGUGCCGCCAAUUCGUAUCUUCCUACGAAUGGACUGAAUAUCGUGUACUGGUGUGUGGUUCUUACUUAUUUGUUUCUACGGUUGGGCUACACAAAAUAUUGCUAAAACUAUAUUAUAGUCUAACGUUGCUUUACCUUUUGCGUGAGAUUGUGAGAAUUUUAGCUUAAGUUCCGACUGAAGAUGGAUGCCUGAAUGAAAUAUUGUAAAUUAUAAUUUCUCAUAAAAUAUAAUUUUUUUCAGCUA